AUGGUAAUGAACUAUACAGAAGCGGAAAGCAAGGUGCGUGAGGCGACAAACGAGGAUCCGUGGGGACCGACCGGGCCGCAGAUGGGCGAAAUCGCACACCUGACAUAUCAGUACGAUGCAUUCCCGGAAGUGAUGGGUAUGCUUUGGAAGCGAAUGCUACAGGACAACAGAGCUGCAUGGAGACGAGUAUAUAAGUCACUGACCUUGCUUCAUUAUCUUUUGAAAAAUGGCAGUGAACGGGUGAUAAAUAAUGCACGUGAUCAUUUGUUCGAAAUGCGUGCGCUCGAGUCCUAUAAAUAUAUCGAUGAAAAAGGAAAGGAUCAGGGACUGAAUGGUUAG